GUAGACGACGUCUGAACGGCUGCGGGAAUAUAAAAGCAAAAAUGAGUGUUACAGAGAUAUGCGAGAACACGAAGAUGGGGCGUGAAUACGCCCUCCUUGGAAACUAUGACACUUCGUUAGUGUACUACCAAGGAGUGCUUCAACAGAUCCAGAAACUCCUGAUGAGCAUCAGAGAGCAAGAGCGUAAACAUCAAUGGCAGAAGGUGAAGACAGAUCUUGCUAAAGAGUAUGAACAUGUUAAAGAUAUCAGCAAAACCCUGAAUGGUUUUAAGACGGAUGCAGUUGAGCCUCCUCCAAGCAGCGCUCCAGCUUAUAGGGCCCCAGCACCUUACUCCAAGCCACAAGAGCCAGCUAGAGAUCCUGAUGUAUGGCCACCACCAACACCAGUGGAACACAGACCAUCACCCCAAUAUCAACGAGGAGCUCGCAAGGAACCCCCACGUCGGUCUGAUCCAAGUAAGCCAUCCAAUCGAGUCUCUGGAAGGGACCCUCCACGCCCCUCAGGUGGGCGUGGUCCGUCUCAGGGCAACGCAGAUAGACGAGGCGACCAAAGAGGGAGAGGUGGUGGAAGGGAUGAAAAAAAAGUCAACAGGAAAGAUCGAGAUGCUAAGGGGUCCGAGGAAGGAGAUGAGAAGAAGUUUGAUCCCGCUGGGUACGAUAAAGACUUGGUGGAGAAUCUUGAACGAGAUAUUGUACAGAAGAAUCCAAAUGUCCACUGGGCUGACAUUGCUGGCUUGACGGAAGCAAAGAGACUUCUAGAGGAGGCUGUGGUUCUACCACUCUGGAUGCCAGACUAUUUCAAGGGAAUCCGAAGACCAUGGAAGGGCGUCCUUAUGGUUGGUCCGCCAGGCACUGGCAAAACCCUCUUAGCUAAAGCAGUGGCCACUGAAUGCGGCACUACAUUCUUCAAUGUCUCCUCCAGUACACUCACGUCCAAGUGGCGUGGUGAGUCUGAGAAAUUGGUGCGUUUGCUCUUUGAAAUGGCACGUUUUUAUGCACCCAGCACAAUCUUCAUAGAUGAGAUAGAUUCCAUUUGCAGCAAGAGGGGUUCCAGUUCAGAGCACGAAGCAAGCAGGAGGGUCAAAUCAGAACUUCUUAUUCAGAUGGAUGGUGUAACUGGAGCUACAGGUGGAGAAGACAGCACUAAAACAGUCAUGGUCCUAGCUGCUACUAACUUCCCUUGGGACAUUGACGAGGCGCUAAGACGUCGACUCGAAAAGAGAAUCUACAUUCCUCUCCCAUGCCCUGCUGGUCGUGAGCAACUCUUGCACAUCAACACUCGUGAUGUUCCGCUGGAGGAUGGUAUUGAUAUGAAGAGUGUUGCUGAAACACUUGAAGGAUACUCUGGUGCUGACAUUACCAACGUCUGCAGGGAUGCUUCCAUGAUGGCCAUGCGGCGUCGCAUCCAAGGUCUGCGCCCAGAGCAGAUCCGGGAAAUCCCCAGGGAAGAGCUGAACCUACCUACCUCCAUGGAAGACUUCAAGGAGGCAAUCAAGAAGGUCAACAAGACAGUCGGGAAAGACGACCUUGUUAAGUAUGAGAAGUGGAUGGAGGAAUUUGGCUCUGUGUAAAAUGCAGAUCAUUUAAGUCGGUGACGGGUGUUUUAGAACAGGAGCUUGAUUUCCCCUCAUCAUGCAUUGAGAUAUAGGAUGUCCAUUUUUCAUUCAAACGCUGUACUCCAGUUAAUGUACAUACUGAGAGGUUCUUUUAUUUUACCUUCAAGUGACUUACAAAACAGUGUCUUAUGUUAAGGGAUUUUCUUUUUACUACUUUACUUUUGAAUUACAAAAAGUGCCCCAAACUGGCCAUAAAAAAUGAAGAGUAUUAUUUUUGAUUUCCGUUUUAUUAGUCUUAUAGAAGUUCACAUAUGCAGUGUUAUUUAUUUAUAUAUUCCAAUUUUCUGUGGAACAUGGAAGAAUCAAAAUCCAGUAAUAAAACUAAGCCUUAAAUACAAUCUUUCUGUGUAAAGUUAAGUAUCAGUGUUUUUACAGAAACUGUUCCACUGUACGGUUAAAUGCAUUGGUCUACUGUGACCCUUAAUUGUGAAUAGCGCCCUCUUGUGUUUUCUUGUACGACUAAAUAAUUAUGACCCAUAAUUGUAAAUUCCGCCCUCUUGUGGUGGUAGACAGUAACACUUGCCAACUGUUGAUGUGCUUCAAUAAUAGGACCAUACAUGUACCAGGUUUGUGCUUGGUAUUAUCAUUCCAACCUUAAAAAUAGCCCUCAUAUGUAUGAAUGGUGUCACUUUUGACAAUCUUGGUAAAUUCUUUUCUGGGAACUUGAAGGUCUUACAAUUUUAAAUACUGAUUAAUAAGAAAGGGAUCAAAAAUGAAUAUCCACCAUGCCACAAAGUUCUCAGAUUUGGUUAAAUGUCAAACUAACUUACUAAAAUCGUUUGAAACUAAUUCAAUCGUUUAACAUAGAGGGACAUUUUAGUAAUUGAAAAUGUAUAAAAGAAUGGUCGGUUAUUUAAAGGCAGUGGCACUAUUGGUAAUUACUCGGGAUAAUUAUUAGCAUAAAACUUUACUUGGAGACGAGUA